CGACUACACCCUACUUAAGAUAACAAUAUGUCUUUAAGAGUCAACUUUCCCCCUAAAUGCUUCCUCACCAUCACGAAUUGGGAAAAGUGUAUUGGUAGUGAUGAUGUGGUUAGCUGGAGGUAGAACGUUCUCCAUCCUCAUAUCAUUUGCAUGGUUCGCAUGUUGCGCAUACAGUCAAUCACCUUCUUCUUCACAACAUCUCUACGUUCGCGGUAACGAAAGCGCCAAUGCCAAAGAAGCAGAUGUAAUCAUUCUGGGAGCAGGUAUCGCAGGUAUUGCAACAGCUCACACUUUGAUCAAACAUCAUGGCAUCAAAGAUGUUUUGUUGCUCGAAGCACGUCCUGUUGUUGGUGGUCGUGCAUAUCUGGAAGAAUUGGUCGAUCCAAGAAAUAGCAGAACGCUUCAUGUUGAAAAAGGAUGUAAUUGGAUUCAAGGCUAUGGGCACGAGAACAUCACAAAGCUUGCAAAAAAGUGGGACCUAAAAACGCAAGCACAAAAUUAUUCCUCUAUUGCUUAUUUCAAUGGUACUCGUGGCUUGGCCAUUGAUGAUGCAAAGAUACCACCCGGGAAAUUCUUGAACGAUGAUCAACUUGAUUUCAUGAACGCAUACGAUGAAGCUGCUGACAAUGUAACAACCUAUGCGAACCAGCGACUUAAACGACAAGAAGUCGAUCUUACAGCAAGGGCUGCGUUGAGCAUUUUGGAUUGGAUUCCGAUCACACCACUGCAAAAGGUAUACGAAUGGAUCAAUGUCGAUUUCACAUUUGCUCAACCACCUGAAGUGUGCAGCUUGUUCAACACGUUUAGCGUUUCAGAAGAUGCAAGUGCAGAUCGUCUUGUAAUCGAUCAACGUGGCUAUAGACACAUCUUUAUCAAAGAAUUGGAAGAAGUCUUUGGAUCUUCGUUGAAUGACUCACGCUUGCACGUCAACACAACCGUCAAGAACAUCAACUACUCUGGCAAGCACACCAAGAUUGAAACAGACAAGGGCACUUACACUGCUCGGAAGCAUGUCAUUGUCACGUUCAGUAUUGGUGUACUGCAAGACAAUCAAAUCACCUGGACACCACGAUUGCCCAAUUGGAAAAAGGAAGCAAUCUAUAGCUUCGCAAUGGCAGUUUAUCAAAAGACUUUCCUCCUGUUUGAACGAAAGUUCUGGAGAGAUGAACAAUUUCAAGUUUACGCAGACCCAGACCAGCGAGGACGUUAUCCGUAUUGGCAGAACCUGAACGCACCUGGGUUCUUUAAUGGCAGCACAGAUGGUUAUGUUUAUUUCGUGACACACGUCGAUCAAGAAGCAAGACGGAUUGGUUCUUUGGGUGAUGAUGACGUAAAGGCGGAAGCUAUGUUCAAGCUCAAAGAAAUGUACGGUGAUGAUAUCCCGCAGCCUUUGGAUGUCCUUGUGCCACGCUGGGAUCAAGAUCCAUUGUUCCGUGGAAGUUAUUCGAAUUGGCCACUUGGAGAAUUAGAUCAACAUCACGAUAAUCUUCGUCAACCAGUAGGUGACAACAAAGUCUUUUUCACCGGUGAAGCAUAUAGCAAAGAAAUGUUUGGAUACGUUCAAGGUGCAUGGGAAGAAGGUAAACAGACCGGAACGAAAAUUGCAAAUUGCUUAAAAGGAAACGGAUGCCCAGGCGGAUUUGCAUUUGAGAGUAUUAAGACUUGCUCACAGCAACAGACUACACUCAAACGCAGGGACAUUCUUCAGCAUCAAUUUCUAAGGAACAAAAAGGAGUGAGCUUGAUGUACCAUACAGGGAGGUAAAUAGCAAAUGAACAUACUUGGACAG